AUGGGCUGCGUUAGCAGUAAAAGCUGUCAUCCUCAGAAGGUGGUUGAUCAACUUGUAGAGGAGAAGAAGAUGAUCAGGCCAAGAAGCAACAUUGCUGCUAAUUGGAGAGAACUCAGUGGUGAAAAUCACUGGAAGGGUCUGCUUGACCCACUUGAUGUUGAUCUUCGAAGAUAUAUAAUACACUAUGGAGAAAUGGCUCAAGCUACUUACGAUGCUUUUAUCUCUGAUAAAACAUCCAAAUAUGCCAGAAGGUGUCGUUAUGGGAAAAGAGAUUUCUUCUCCAAGGUGGGUUUGGAGAAUGGGAAUCCCUUCAAGUAUGAGGUAACAAAGUUCCUAUAUGCAACUGUAGAGAUUGAUGUUCCUAUAUAUGGUGAUGUUGAAGAAUCGAAUUGGAUUGGGUAUGUUGCUGUGGCUACUGACGAAGGCAAAGCUAUGUUAGGGAGGAGGGACAUUGUGAUUGCUUGGAGAGGAACUGACCAAAUCAUGGAAUGGAUUAAGGAUUUUCAGUUCUUCCUUGGUGACGCUCCGCGUAUUUUCGGUCAUGAAGCCAAGUGUAAAGUGCAUCAAGGUUUUUAUUCCAUUUACACAACAACAAACCCAGUAUUCUUCAACAGAACAAGCGUGCAAACCCAGGUCUUAACUGAGAUCAAAAGACUCCUGCGUAAAUUCAAAGGUGAAGAAAUCAGCAUAACAGUGACAGGUCAUAGUUUAGGUGCUGCAUUGGCAACACUAAAUGCAGUAGAUAUAGUCAGCAAUGGCUUUAACAUCCAAGAAGAUGAAUCUCAGAAAGCUUGCCCAGUUACAGCAGUUGUAUUUGCCAGUCCACGGGUUGGAGAUUCACAGUUUCAUAAGUUUUUCUCUGCUCAAAAGGAUCUCCGGACACUACGCAUUCGGAAUAAAGAAGAUAUUGUACCUAGGCUACCUAUUUUGCAUUAUGCAGAUGUCGGAGAAGAGCUGGAAAUUGAUACUCUGAAAUCCAACUUUCUAAAGCAUUCAAGGGGUGUGAAAGUUUGGCAUAAUUUGGAAGUUUAUUUGCAUGGAGUUGCUGGAACACAAGGGAAGAAAGGAGGAUUCAAGUUAGAGGUUAAUAGGGACAUCGCACUUGUGAACAAGAACUUGGGUGUUUUGAAGGAUGAGUACCAUAUUCCCAAGGCAUGGAGGAUAGACCAAAACAAAGGAUUGGUACAACAACCUGAUGGUACUUGGAAGAUGCAGGAUCCAGAUUCUGAGGAAGAUGAUUUUAUCUGCCAAUGA